GGCAGCUCCGCGCCCCCCGCCCGUCUUCCCCUUUCUCCUCCUCCUUCUCUGCCGCGCCACUUCCAGGGGAGGCUGGUGUCAUGCGGCUGGCGCCGAGGGAGGGGUGCCCGGGGCCGCAACGGCAGUGAGAGGCGGCGAGCUGAGUCGAGCCGAGCCCCCUGCGAUGACAGCCAUGAAGGAGCAGCCGGCGCACCCGGGCGGCAGGGGGAACCCGCCGCCGCCGCAGCCCGACCAGGAACUUGGAAGUAACAGCCCUCCGCAGAGGAACUGGAAGGGAAUUGCUAUUGCCCUGCUGGUGAUUCUAGUUGUUUGUUCACUCAUCACCAUGUCUGUCAUUCUUUUAACCCCAGACGAGCUCGCAAAUUCGUCAGAAACCAGGUUGUCCUUGGAAGACCUCUUCAAAAAAGAGUUGACAGCUCACAAUCCAGAAGCCAAAUGGAUUAAUGAUGCAGCAGUGGUGUAUAAAACCAGGAAUGGACAUGUUGUUGAACUGAAUGUAGAAACAAAUACAACUACAUUAAUACUGGAAAAUACAACUUUUGUAACAUUCAAAGCAUCAAGAUACUCUGUUUCUCCAGACUUAAGAUUUGUUCUUCUUGCAUAUGAUGUUAAACAGGUUUUUCAUUACUCUUACACAGCUUCAUAUGUGAUUUAUAACAUACACACAAGGGAAGUUUGGGAGUUGAACCCUCCAGAAGUAGAGGAUUCUGUUUUACAGUAUGCUGCCUGGGGUGUCCAAGGACAGCAACUGAUUUAUAUUUUUGAAAACAACAUCUACUAUCAGCCUGAUGUAAAGAGUAGCUCAUUGCGCCUGACAUCUUCAGGAAAAGAAGGAAUUAUUUUUAAUGGAAUUGCUGACUGGCUAUAUGAAGAGGAACUUCUUCAUUCGCACAUUGCCCACUGGUGGUCUCCAGACGGUGAAAGACUGGCAUUCCUCACCAUAAAUGACUCUCUGGUACCAAACAUGGUUAUUCCCCGAUUUACUGGAGGUCUGUAUCCGAAAGGAAAGCAAUAUCCAUAUCCUAAGGCAGGUCAAACAAACCCAACAAUAAAGCUGUUUGUAGUUAAUCUGUAUGGACCAGCACAUACACUGGAACUGAUGCCACCUGACAGCUUUAAAUCAAGGGAAUAUUACAUCACCAUGGUGAAGUGGAUAAGCAACACCAAGGCUGUAGUGAGGUGGUUAAACAGACCUCAGAAUAUUUCCAUCCUUACAGUUUGUGAAACCACAACUGGGGCUUGUGCCAGGAAAUAUGAAAUGCAGUCAGACCUGUGGCUCCCUAAACAGAAUGAAGAGCCAGUGUUCUCCAAGGACGGCAGUAAGUUCUUCAUGACUGUCCCAGUGAAGCAGGGAGGCCGGGGGGAAUUUCACCACAUAGCUAUGUUUAUUGUUCAGGCUAAAAGUGAACAAAUCAGUGUGAGACACUUGACAUCAGGAAAUUGGGAAGUUAUCAAAAUCCUGGCAUAUGAUGAAAAUACUGAAAAGAUUUAUUUCUUAAGCACUGAAGAAUCCCCAAGAGGAAGACAGCUGCACAGUGUAUCAACAGUGGGAUCACUGAAUCGUCAGUGUCUCUCAUGUAACUUCUUGAAAGACCAGUGCACCUACUUCAGUGCAAAGUUCAGCCCCAUGAAUAGGCAUUUUAUACUGCACUGCAAAGGGCCAGGUGUUCCAGUUGUUAGCGUGCACAGUACAAGUAACACAGCAAAGUUCCAUAUUUUGGAAAGCAACGCUGUGUUGAAAGAAGUGGCUUUGAAGAAAAAGAACUUCAGAACUGAAAUCAAAAUGCUUCACAUUGAGGAUUACGAACUCCCUUUACAGCUGUCACUGCCAAAAGACUUCACGGAUCGAAACCAGUAUGCCCUUCUGUUAAUAAUUGAUGAAGCUCCAGGCAGCCAGUUGGUUACAGAUAAGUUUCACAUUGACUGGGACUCAGUGCUUGUCAACUCUGAUAAUGUCAUCGUAGCUCGAUUUGAUGGCAGAGGGAGUGGAUUUCAAGGCCUUAAGAUUCUACAGGAGGUCCACCGAAGCUUAGGAUCAGUGGAAGUGAAGGACCAGCUAGCAGCUGUAGAAUCACUAUUGAAACAGCCAUUCAUUGAUCCUAGGAGACUGAGUAUAUUUGGAAAGGGAUAUGGUGGCUACAUUGCAUCGAUGAUCUUGAAAUCCAGCGAACGGCUUUUCAAGUGUGGAGCUGUGGUGGCACCUAUUACAGAUAUGAGGUUGUAUGCAUCAGCUUUUUCAGAAAGAUACCUUGGUAUUCCAUCAAAAGAGGAAAAUACCUAUCAGGCAUCCAGUGUAUUACACAAUCUUCAUGGUUUAAAAGAAGCAAAUUUGCUAAUAGUUCAUGGGACAGCCGAUGCUAAAGUCCACUUCCAGCAUUCAGCAGAACUAAUUAAACAUCUAAUAAAAGCUGGAGUUAAUUACACUAUGCAGAUCUACCCGGAUGAAGGUCAUAACAUUGCAUCUGAGAAAAGCAAAUAUCACCUUUACAGCACAAUCCUUGGUUUUUUUAGUGCUUGUUUAAAGGAGGAGACGCCAAUUUUACCACAGGAACCUGAAGAGGAUGAAUAAGGAAGCUUAUUUGUGUAGUACUGAAGGGGACUUACUUUGCGGCUCAAUAAAACCUUAAAUAAAAGUGACUGUAAGAUUGCAGAUUCUGCAGAAGCUCAAGGGCAGCUAAAGGAUAUCACAGUGGAGCAGCACAUUUACAGACGAUGAGCUAAUAAACUGGAAUUCAACUACAAAGUCCAAACGUAUUACCAAGGGACAAAACCUUUACCUUUGUGGAAGGUCAGCGGUUGGUUACAGUUUCCUGGAAGAACUUAGUUUUGCAUAAGUGUAGGGUUAGUGCAUGUUUGUUAUGUUAAGCCUCACUGUUGGUUCUGUAAGUGGUUGCUCGUUUUUUAAGUUAAAUGCACAUCUUUAUUCAUCUUUGCAUAAUGCACAACCUAUCACAAGUAUUAUGGCCACUAAUAUUUUUAAAGGUGAGCUGCAAUCUAACACUCUACUGUAACAUUACAAUAAGUGCAAUUCUUUUGCUCUCUAUUACACAUAAGAAACCACAGAGAUAAUAAAGGGCACGAUAUUUUCUCUAGUUUCUGCUCAAAGGGGAUAUAUUGUCUAGUGCAUCAUAUAUCACUGAUAUUGAAGAUGGUUUCUUUUCCCAAUUUCAGCAUUCACUAUUAUUACUCUACCUUCUAGUAACCAAUAAGGGUCUUCUCGGUAGUGUACUCAUGGUCUUUAUGUAUAUACCCAGGACUCCCUAGGCAGAAAAUCUUUCUGGGCUCAAAUUUAUU